AUGGGAAAGUACAUACAGAGGAACUCAAAGACUAUCAGGAAGGUUUCGAUAGUGGAUAUACCUUCUCAUAGCGGCGUCCGUACUCGUUCCAGAACACUAGCUCUUCAGAAAUCUUCCUUCGUUGCAUCACCUAGUGAUAGUUCCUAUAUUCAACUCCGUAGUCGUCCGCUAGUCAAGCAAACUCCUUCAAACACACAGAAUGAGAAUCGUGUUCCACCAAAACCGAAUAAACAUCAUUGCAAAGGAGUUGGUUCUUUGACACUGAAGGUUAAUUCUUGGAAUUCUUCUCGGUCUGUUAAGAAAUUGGUUCAUAGGAAGGACAAGAUUCGUCAGGAAAUUGAGAUUAAGGAUGUUGAAGAUGUGGAAAUUGAUGAUGAAGAUUCAUUUUGUGAGAACAUGUUGGAAAUUGAAGGUAGAUAA